GGGAAAGCUUUGGGCGGCUUAGGAUGCCCCGGUGUCGCCAUGCUGGCCGUGCACGUGCACCUGCCCAGCGGCAAGAGCUGCCGCUGCAUUCUGUCUGCCGAGUCCAGCGUGCUGGAGCUGAAGCUGGAGGUGCAGCGGAGCUUCCGGUGCCGCUGCGUGCGGCUGGCGUUCCAAGGCCAGCAGCUGGAGCUGCCGUGCACCUUGCGCGAGCUGGGAGUUUCGGACGGGGAUGGCGUAGAUGCGGUGGUGCAGCCGGCGCGGCUGGCGUCCACGGCGGGGGCCUUCGCGGUUUACGUCGCGGGAGGCGCGGCGCUCACUUGGGGCCGGCCGGGCUAUGGCGGGGACAGCAGCAAGGUGCAAGAUCAGCUGACGCGGCUUCGGCGGAUCCAAGGAACCAGCGAAGCCUUCGCGGCAAUCUUGGAUGACGGCUCUGUGGUGACGUGGGGCCAUCCUGACUAUGGCGGUGACAGCAGCCAAGUGCGAGACCAGCUGGUGGGGGUCCGGCAGAUUCAAGCAGCUGACAAUGCUUUUGCUGCUAUCCUGGGCGAUGGCUCUGUGGUGACGUGGGGCUUUCCACAGCGUGGCGGUGACAGCAGGCAGGUUCAGCACCAGCUAGUGCGAGUCCAGCAGAUCCAAGCAACUAACGCUUCGUUUGCUGCUAUCCUGGAAGACGGAUCUGUUGUGACUUGGGGCGAUCGUGAUUACGGCGGGGACAGCAGCCAAGUACGAGACCAGCUGGUGCGUGUCCAGCAGAUCCAAUCAUCGUGGGGUGCUUUUGCUGCCAUUUUGGACGACGGCUCAGUGGUGACUUGGGGCGUUCCCGAAUGUGGUGGUGAUAGCCGCCGGGUGCAAGAACCAGCUGGUGCGUGUGCAGCAGAUUCAAGCGACGAAUGCCGCUUUUGCGGCCAUCUUGGAAGACGGCUCUGUUGUGGCCUGGGGCAGAACGAGAGGUGGCGGCGACUGCAAAGAGGUUCAACAGCAGCUGGUGCGGGUCCAGCAGAUCCAAGCGACCGAGGCAGCGUUUGCUGCAAUCCUGGACAACAACUCUCUGGUCACGUGGGGCGAUCCUAGGGAUGGCGGUGACAGCAGUCAGAUUCAGAAUUAUCUUGAC